UCUGUCUUCUAGCUUCUUCGGAUACAUUCGGUGCCAUGUUUGAUGGUGGUUACCGGGAGAGGGAUGCCAAAGAUGUUGAGAUUCCAAAUAUCAGAUGAGAUGUUUUUGUCCUAAUGAUGAGGUAUAUAUACACUGGAACAGUGACCGUUGAAAUCGAUCUUGCUCAAGAACUUCUUAGAGCUGCUGAUCAGUAUCUUCUUGACAAUCUUAAGCGUCUUUGCGAAUACACCAUUGCUCAGGAUAUUUAUGAGGAGAACGUUAUGCUGAUGUAUGAACUAGUCGAGGCCUUCAAUGCUACCACACUACGUGAAGCUUGCCUACUCUUCAUGUUAGAGCAAUUUGAAAGAAGCAAUUUGAAAGAAGCAAUUUGA